UACUAUACUAGUAGUAUCAAGUGUUUAGUCCCACCCUAAAAAUUCUUUUAACAAAGUUUUCCCCUCUCUAUAUCUAUCUAUCUCUUUCUCUUAUAUCUAAGUGGCUAAAAUUUCCUCCAUUUUCUUCUUCUCGUACCAAAAUUUUCUGCUACCCUUAAAUGGGUUGAAAACUUGGCAACAUUAUAUCCAUAAAUCCAUAAUUCAUCCCAACAAAAGUACCAAUAAUACAAUUACUACCUCGUCUUUUGUCGAUAUUAUUAAACCCCGCAUGACCAAAGAAACUGGCUACUUUCGUCUCGUGCAAAGGAAAAUCUCUUUUAAGUCAAUCCGUGGCACGGAACUGUCAUUUUCUCUCUAGUCCGUACAACAUCGAUAAUAAUAACAAUAACAACGACGACGACAGCAACAACGCAGUAUAAAUCCCGAUAAGCUAUGUGCCCCGCGAAUGAUUCCGGAGCGAUUAUCGAUAGCGAGUCGUUGAUCCAACCUAGUAUAGAAGAUAAACAAGAAUGUGAUCAUGAUAGCAGCAAUCAAAGACUUCUUCAUGGCAUCCUCCAUCGUCUCCCAUUGAGUGAGCUUGCAGAGGACCUGAGAUCACUUGGCAAAAUUGUAUGUCCUGUAACAACAAUGACACUCUUGCUCCACUCGAAAUCUGUCAUCUCUAUGCUAUUCCUAGGCCAUCUAGGAGACGCGCCACUAGCAGGAGGAGCUCUAGCUAUCAGCUUUGCCAACAUCACCGGCUUUUCAGUCAUUAAAGGCAUGAGCAUGGGAAUGGAACCCAUCUGCUGUCAAGCUUUCGGGGCCAAGAAACUGUCAGUUAUCAGCCAAACCUUUCAAAGAACACUCUGCCUACUACUACUUGCCGCGAUUGCAAUAUCCUUCCUCUGGCUCAACAUGGAGCCUAUCCUCUUGUUUCUUGGCCAGGAUAAAGAUAUAAUCGAUGUUGCUAAACUCUACUUGCGAUUCUCUAUCCCCGAGCUUAUUGCUCAGGUUCACCUCCACCCCUUAAGGUCCUUCCUUAGGACACAAUGCAUCACUAAACCAUUAACUAUUGCUACUACAAUAUGCCUAGUUUUACAUCUUCCAAUCAACUACUUUUUUGUUAUAUACCUUAAAUUAGGUGUUAAAGGUGUUGCACUAGGAUCGGCGUGUAACACCAUUAACUUGGACCUCAGUAUCUUCAUCUACCUUCUUUGCUCGAAUAUGGAGCCUAAGCCGUGGCACGGUCUAACUUUGUUCUCCCCAUUUCAAGGUUGGAAAAUGGUGCUAAGUUUAGCAUUACCAAGUGUGUUAUCUGUGUGCUUAGAAUGGUGGUGGUAUGAAAUUAUGCUCUUCCUCUGUGGACUGUUGCAGAAUCCUAAGGCCAGUGUCGCGGCAAUGGGGAUACUUAUACAGACAACAGGGCUUCUGUAUGUCUUUCCACACGCGCUAAGCAUGGGCCUGUCAACGCGUAUAGGCCAUGAGUUGGGUGCUAGCCAGCCUACUAAGGCACAACGAUUGGCUGUGCUCGGGUUAGUUUCAGGCCUAACUAUGGGUGUGACAGCUUUCGGGUUAACUAUAGUGGUGAGAUCAGUCUGGGGGAAGAUGUACACUUCAGACCCUGACAUUCUGUCAUUAAUUUCUGUGGCACUUCCUGUUUUAGGAUUCUGUGAGAUCGGAAACUGUCCUCAGACAGCUGCUUGUGGGGUUUUGACAGGAUCAGCAAGGACUAAAAUCGGGGCUAAAAUAAACCUUGUCGCGUUCUAUUUGGUUGGCUUGCCUGUUGCUGUUGCAAUGGCAUUUUGGCUCAAGGUUGGGUUCAUUGGUCUAUGGUUUGGAUUAGCUGCAGCUCAAGCCGCGUGUAUGUUCAUGAUGAUAUACACGUUGAUUAGGACCGAUUGGAAACACCAGGCUAAGAGGUCUGAAGAGUUAACACAAGAUGCUGAGGAGGAAACUGAGGACUUGGAAACAGGACUGUUAUCUUGAGGAUUUUUGGGUUAAUAUGGGAAAUUAAGUAAAUAUGAAUUAAUCUUUUUUGGGGUGCAAUUAUUUUGGAGGAGAUUAAUUGCUGAGACGGUCUCAGCUAUCCAAAGGGAAGGCAAAAUAAUAACAAUGGCUUUCAUAUAGAGAUGAAUGAUUGAUUAUACAACAAUUUUUAACACUAACAUUUUGUACAGGCAAAUACCGCCUUCUUUACAUUAUUGCUUCCCUAGCAGAGUAAGGGAGUGUACCAUCUCUUGCAUUUAUUUUGAGUAUAGAAAUUUGCAUUAUUUGAAGUUGAUUUUAUGUGAGUUUAUGUACGAAUUGGCUAUUUAGAUACUUACAUGUACAAAAGGAUGCAAGUUUAUCUCUGAAUUGCCUUAAAACAAGAUUAUUGUACCACAAACUCUUACGAGUAAUCCAUGAUAGAUGUAGAAGAGACGUGCUCCAGUAAAUUGUCUAAAAUAAGGUAUACCACGUACCAUACAUUGGUAUACCUUCCAUUUUGUAGACCUGAAGGAUCAAUAGAACU